AAACCCUUGAUUAAGGGGGCUGUUCAUGGUCAACAUGCCGGGGUUGACCCCCCCCCACCUCCAGUUACGUUUCCAUCAUGGAGGAUGCAAAAGCAACUCCAGAAACGGAGCUCUUGGGGACUUGGACCACCGAAGCAGCCCACCUGUUGUGGUGGCUGAUGUGCAAGCUCAAGAGUCGGAAUCAUUUGGCGCCUCUACACCUAAAAGCGCUAGUGUCUGUCUAGGAUAACUCCACUCCCCUAUAAAGACGAGGACCACAUUAAACAGCUAGUUGUGAUUGAAUCACCCUGCGCAGCGAUCACCAAAUUGAUUACAACAUCAUCCACCACGUCGUAAUCGACCCUGAGUAUUGAAUCCACGAUGUCAACCAAAAAGAUUCAGAGCUGUUUGGUGUUAUUUAUGGUGCUAAUGAGGUUCUCCAAUCCUUUCGAUCCAGUUGACGCAGCAGAAGCUUUCUACGCAUUUGGCGAUUCGUUUGUCACCACAGGGAAUGGAGGCUACAUGGGGCCACCCUAUGGUAUGACAUGGCCAGGAUACCCCGGUGGCCGAGCCAGCGACGGCCGCAACCAAGCCGAUUACUUCGCGGAGCUUUUUGGCGUGCCAUACCCAACCCCUUACUCGCAAUUGCAGAACGCUUCUGAAAGCAAAGCGGGUGUAAAUUUUGCCCAAGGCGGAGCCGGGGUCACAUACGCAUUUGGCUACACUCCGCUUGACACCCAGGUGGACCAGAUGGAGGCUUUGGUGCAGAGUGGCGCGCUGUCCAAGCUUCACCUGGGCAAGUCGGUGUCGUUAGUGAGCCUCGGAGUCAAUGACUACGGUUCUCACAAUGCGUAUGGUACCUUCAAGGAAUCAGAAUAUGCAACGGAGAUGAAGACAACCGUCACGACGGUGGUGGACGGAAUCGCACUCAAUCUCGCGCGCCUACACAGCCUCGGGUUCCGCAACAUCAUCGUCGCAAACCUGGCAUCAAUGUCAUGCUCUCCCUACAUCACAGUGCAGUCCAAAUACACCUCCUGCAGCCGCAACGCUUCGCUGGCGUUCGAAACCUUGAAUCACAAUUUACUGCUGGAACAGCGAGUCAAGCUGCUCAACCGGCAGCUACGAGGGGCGCAUUUCGUGAUCGUGAACCAAACCAAGGCUUUCGAACACAUCUUCCACCACGGAUCCCAAUACGGUUUCGAAGAUGCCUUGACACCUUGUUGCACGGGGAUUAACGAUUCCUACGUGCUCAAUUGCGGCCAUACAGACAGCGAGGGACGCCCUCUGUACAAGGUAUGUGCAGAUGUCGCGAAGUCGGUAAUCUUCGACGGCAUUCACCCGACUCAAGCGGCGUGGAAAGUGGUGAUCGACCUGUAUGUUUCGGUGCCGGGAUUCACCGCUUUGGGUCCCCCGCUCCACUCUUGGAUCAAGCUGCACCAUGUGUGACUGACCCCUCGCCGAUCCUCCACCUCCCUCCCUCCUUACCACUUCUGCUUCGACGCCGUUGUUCCUGCUCCGUACCGACACUGCCAAUGCUCCGCGUCAGGAGUUGACCUGCUUCCAUCCCACAAAUCAUCUUCAUAUCAGAGUUGUAGAAUCGAGAAUUCCUUCAUUGUGCGAUAUAUCUAUGAUCAUAUGUUCCCCCUCUCUCUCUCUCUCUCUCUCUCUCUACAUAUAUAUAUUUGUGUGUGUGUGUGUGCGUGUGCGGAAACACACCACUCUGCAAUGGAAGAGAAUGAAAAGUAUCCCAGUGGACCUUUCUAUUAUUUUCUUUUUCUUUUGCUUGUUUCGAGGUUGAUUAACUGCCAGAAACACAUUUUUGAAGCAAGUCCAAAAGCAUACCAGGAAGGUAUGCAUCUAAGGUAUCAUUAACAGCUAAUACCCCAGUAUAAGAAACAUCAACUUUAGAAUAUGAUCUAGGGACAAAAUGUAUCUUGGGCUUAAUAUCCUAGAAAAGAAUUUUAAAACAGAUAUGAUUCUUUU